AUGGCUCAACCAAGAAUUGGAGGGUUACCAGAAACUUCCCACCCUGCACUACUCUUUUCAGCUGGCAACAUAGAAUGUAAGUCCAUAACUUUGUUUCUUUCCAUGACAGAAUCUCAAAACUCCAUUCCUUACUUAUUCAGAUGCCCCAUCAGUUUAGACUUGUUCCAAGAUCCUGUAACUUUAUGCACAGGCCAAACAUAUGACAGGUCAAAUAUAGAACAAUGGCUGGCUGCUGGAAACCUCACAUGCCCAGUCACAAUGCAGAAGCUUCAUGAUCCAUUCAUUGUUCCGAAUCACACACUUCGCCACUUGAUUGAUCAGUGGCUUCAACUCGGUCCCCAAUUUGAACCUGGUAACUCUGCAACUGCAGAUGAUCCUUUAUCUGGUCUGAAACACACCCUUGAAUCCCAGGAAAGCAGCUUGGAGAACAAGCUUCAAGCACUUGAGAAAAUCAGAGCCCUACCUGAUCAGUAUUUUUCUUUCAAGAAAUCAUGUUUCCUCCUAUUGGAUUUCUUAUCACUACUUUUGGAACUAGUUUUUGCAAGAGAAGAAGCUCAAGUAUCAAAAAAUCAUAUGGAAUUCAUAGAGCUAGCUCUUUGUUGUGUCCUAAAAUUGCUGCCUCUUGGUAGUUUGGAGCCUCUAAAUAUGAUCAAAGAUGAGCCUAAAUUUUCCACAUUUCUGCUAUUAUUUGAAAAGGGUACUAACCCGAUUAAGAAUAGCUUGUGUCAACUUAUAGAGUCAGCAUCAUCAUCUCAGACAGAAGAGUUAUGUUUUUUUCUUGGAAAUUCUCACAAACUAGUGCAAGAGAUUGUUCUAGCUGCUCGCCGAAACAGCACGGUUUCUGAGUAUGCAGUUAAAGGCAUAUCAGCACUAUGUUCUUUGCAGUCUAACAGGGAGAGUUUAGUGAGAGGAGGAGUGAUAGAUGGCAUUAUGACAUACAUUUCAUCAGGUUCUGAAAUAAGACAGAAGAAUUUGGCACCACUUGCAAUGGGAAUAGUAAAGAAACUUUUGGAAGUAGAAAGUGCUAGAGAGGCAUUGGUGAACCACCCAAAUGCUAUCAAAACUUUGGUCAACAUGGUUUUCAGGGUAUCUGAUCACGAAUGCAGUGAGAGUGCUGUUGAGAUACUCUUAAUAGUUUGCCAUGAUUUUGGUAGUGCAAGAGAGGAAGCCAUUGGAGCCGGAGUUUUGACUCGGUUACUAUUGCUUCUGCAGACUGAGUGCAGUACCACAACAAAAUCAAAAGCAGGAAUGCUGCUCAAAUUACUCAGAUCCAAGUGGACUGAGGACCUAAAGCAGUGGUAGACUGUGAAUAAUAAUAAUAAUAUUCAUCAUAAUAACAACAAUAUAAGCAUUGUCACAAAAUAAUAAAAAUAAAUAUUCUUGUUUUGACCAGACUAUGGAUAUGCAAGUGUCUUGUGAUUUUGAGGGAUCUCAUUGUUAAUGUGCCACUGUCAUAUUUUCUCCCAUAUACCUGUAAUCUGUGAACAUUUGAAUUUAUUAUAAAACUCGGUUUUGGCUUCA